AUGUCCCAUUUAAAGUCUCUCCUGUCUAUUCUCCUCAUUUCCCUGUCCGCCGUGAAUGCAUCCCCCUUGCGCCGCGAUGCUAGCAUGGCAACCCUUAGAUUUGCCGCAAGGUUGAACGCAAGGGAGGAUGCUACUCUCAGUAUCGCUGAUGCCGACAGGGCUCGUGCCCAGGCAAUGGUGCACGCUGGCUCCAAGAGCAAACGUGCUGGCAGUUCCUCUGUCAGCAUAACUAAUGGUGUCGUGGAUUACGUUGCCCAAGUUGGUGUCGGCAGCCCCGCUACUCAAUACUCGCUUCUUGUUGAUACGGGCAGCUCCAACACUUGGAUAGGUGCGGCAACCCAAUACAAUCCCACUAGUACUAGUGUGGAUACCGGGGACACAGUCUACGUCUCUUAUGGUUCCGGCGAGUUCUCCGGAGAGGAAUACUUGGACACAGUGACGUUAAGCUCUGACUUAGUCAUUACCGGACAAUCUAUUGGGGUCGCGCAGAGUACAUCUGGCUUCAAUAACGUUGAUGGAAUUCUCGGUAUUGGACCGACUGACCUCACGCAGGGCAGCGUUUCGAGUGGUGGUUUAGUUCCCACUGUCACCGACAACCUCUUCAGCAAGGGUAUCAUUGGCACUGAGGCACUCGGGAUCUUCUUCCCUCCCAUCUCUGCUAACAGCGCUGGCGAGCUCACCUUUGGUGGCUACGACAGCUCAAAGACGACGAGCCCAGUGAAUUAUGUCCCUCUCACAACUACGUCACCCGCUAGCAGUUACUGGGGCAUUGAUCAAUCUAUUGCCUACGGUAGCUCCACCAUUUUGUCCGAGACUGCUGGUAUUGUUGACACUGGCACAACCCUCAUUCUCAUCGCCACUGACGCAUUCGACCAGUACAAGUCUGCCACUGGUGCUACGAUGGAUCAGACCACCGGUCUCUUGACGAUCACCUCUGAUCAGUAUGCUAAGCUGCAACCCCUGACCUUCAACAUUGGCGGGAGUCCCUACGAUCUCACCCCCGACGCCCAAAUCUGGCCCCGUUCCCUCAACACUGAGAUCGGCGGUAGCAGCAGCAGCAUCUACCUUAUCGUUACUGAUAUCGGUAGCGACUCUGGCAGUGGGCUCGACUUCAUCAACGGUUACUCAUUCCUCCAACGCUUCUACUCCGUAUUCGACACCACCGACCACCGAGUCGGCUUCGCGACCACUUCGUAUACCGAUGCGGUCAUUAACUAA